UUGUGGGCUGUAGGGGCGCACUUGAACUUGUUCAUUUAGAAUAUUUUUGUUUAAAUGUAGAAAAAAUGAGAAAAAUAUGAGAUUUGAACCAACAAGAUGUUUUCUGUUAGAAUUGUGGAUGCAGACUUUUAUGUUGCAAAGCCUGUCGGCAUUUUGGAUGUCGUCUAUUCAAAAUUUCGUGAGGCAAACGUCACUCGUGUGCCGAUAAUUCGUAUCUUUGGAUCGACUCCCAGUGGUCAAAAGACAUGUUUUCAUGUGCAUCAAGUAUUUCCAUAUAUAUUUGUGCGAUAUGAUGGUACUAAACCUUGUGAUAAAUACCUUCAACAGUUUGCAACUAGCUUAGAUUUUGCUGUUCAAGUUGCGUUAGGAAAAGCAUCGUCUGCUACGAAACACGUUUAUAUGUGUGAGAUUGUGAAACGAAUACCAUUUUAUGGCUAUCACGAAGGUGAAGAGGAGUUUAUUAAAAUCCAGUUUUAUAAUCCAAGAAUUGUUGCUAAAGUUGUGGAGUUGCUUCAAAAUGGUGCUAUCCUUAACAAGAUUUUUCAACCAUAUGAAUCACAUAUUCCCUACCUCUUACAGUUUUUUAUUGACUUCAAUUUAUAUGGAAUGAAUCUAGUUCAUGCAAGAAAAGUCCACUUCAGAGGCUGGUCAGAUUCUCCAUGUCAGUCAAGUUCAUCUCCUGUUUCUUCAUGUAGUCCAAAUAUUUCAAAUUUGUCUCAUGCAAAUACGACUUUAUGGGAUGAAAACACCAUCCCAAGGGUCUUUCGGCUUGGUUCCAACAUUGCAAAAACCAGUCGCUGUCAACUUGAAGUAGAUGUUAUUGCUGAAGAUAUAUUAAAUCAAUUGGAGAUUGGAACAACAAUUGGUCGGAAUCCAGGAAUUGCAGCAAUGUGGGAAGAUGAAAAACAACGUAGGAGGGAUCAAGGACAGUCGUCAAUGAUAUCUAACCCAAUUUCACAAGACAGGGGAGAAAUGAUGCAACUUGACUUGGAACUGGGAUUUAAGACAAAGAUUCAUGAAAUAAUUGUAGAACGCAAUCAAUUAAUUCAAAGCCAGCUGGAAAUUUUGGAGAAAUCCCUCUCCCCUGAGGAUUUCCAAGAAUUAUCUCAAAGUAUUUUACUGUCAGGGAAGGAGCCACCAAGUCAAACAGUAAUAAGUCAAGAUGUUGAUGUUAACAUUCCAAUUGUUGAUGAGUCAGUGAUUGAAGAUGUUCUUCAAGCAAGUCAGUCAAAUGUCACUCCUUCUGGACAAGUUGAUGAAGAAAUGGUUGCAAUAUUAUUAAGCUUGGCCGAAGAUGCAAACACCCCUGAGCCCCAAGAAUGCAGUCCAAAAGCAAACACUUCACAAAUCAAGUUGCCUGAAGUUGAAGAGAGAGGCAGUGAUGAAGAAAAUGAAGAUGAAGAAUCAAUCAUUAUGUCUCAACCAGUUUGGAAUGAAGAUGAUUUAGUUGAUGAAUGUGAAAGUGCUAACGAAGAUGAUGAAGACUGGGAACAACAACGUAUUCCUCAGUUUGAUGGGCCUGGUGACGAUGAUGACAGUCCUAAAAAGAGCAGCGCCCCCGCACGCAGCCAGUCUGGAGUGAAGACUAAAGCAAGAGGAGAGAUGACGUAUGAUGAUGAUGAUGAUUUCAAAAUGAAAAAGAAAACAAAAGCGUCUGGUAAAAACACCAAUAGACCUAAACGUGAACAGACAACGAGGCAAAGAAGAGCUGGAAUUGUUCAACUAAAUAUUCUAGGUGGUAACCCGAAAAAACGCACUCACCACAAGAGCUCUAAUGGUGGUUCCGUAGUAACUACGAACUCUAAACGUCAUCCUCCUCCUUCAACUGAAUCAAACAGUAAAACGAUGAUCUGGUGUGAUGGAAAAUUCCCCGACUUAGAAACUUUUCAUUUACCAACUAAAUCUCAAAGAACUGACAACGUGGAAUCCAGCGAACUUCUUAUGAAAGUAAAUGAAAGUACAUUGUUAGAUAGCAGAGAAAAGAUUGAAGAUGCUUUAAAUGAAGAUACAGAAUCCUGUGCAUCUCAGUCUUCUGAGUUUGAACUUCGUUUAAGUGACAGUUUAAGUGACGAUGAUGAUUUCACCAGCAAGAAAAAGAUUCCAAGAAUUAAUCCUCAAAAGCUUGAAAGUUUUUAUAUCACUAAACAGGCGAACAUUGAGGUUAGUCUUAGACCAUCUGAGGGAAGUUGCGAGAAGAGUACACAAUCCAAAUCAGGAAAUACUGAAUUAUUAGAUAAAGACACAGAAGUAGACAUAGAGUCAAGUUCUGGAGAUCGUCUUCGAGUUUCAAGAGAAAUUAAGUCAAAUUCGCGAAAUCUUUCAGAAGCAAGUGACCCUUGCGAAUCUUCCGAGAAGGAUACCAUUAAAUCCAAGAAGAAUUUUCAUUCUCGGAAACGCAAAAGGACCAGAUCGAAGAAGUCGACUUGUUUAGUAUUCAGCCAUUUGGGUAACCAGAAUAAAGAUAAAAAAAGGAAUAUUUCUGAGGUUUCAGGAAACUUGGAAAACACCAAACCCGUUACGAAAACAAAUAAAGCGAAACGUCGUGAACGUUCAAGAAAUUGUAAAGACAGUAUAAAUAAAAUUCUAAGAGGAAGAAUAUUGCUCGAUGCUUGUAUCAAACUUGAGAAAAUUUCUGUGAAGGAGUUGAAAUCCAGAAACACCCAUUGCUUUACGAACGAUGAUGUUUUUCCCAGCACAGAAAUGAAGGAAGAUUUUCAAAGUUUAAAAGAUACUGUGAUAGAUGACGAGAUGGAUUCACUUUAUCAAAUGGCGAUGUUAUCACCAGAAAGUGUUGUAGAAAGUGUUAAAUACGAGUCUCCACCACUUCCAUCAUCACCAUCUUUCAAUAUCUCUUCUGAUAAUCAAAGUUUAAGUGACGUCAACUUUACUGGAAAAGAUGAAAGAUUAGACGUUUGUGUGAACAGUACUUUGUCGACGGAUCAAACAGUUGAGAAUUUUCCAAUAUCAUUUAUAAGUGAAGAUCAUUUGAAGACAAUUCAAUCUGCGUCAAAUAGAACGAAAUGUGUCGAGGAAGAUAAAUUGGAUAUGGAAGAAAAAUCUUUGGACCCUGAACGACAUAAUAAUCUCGAUGUUGAAGAAAUGUUAGUCAUGUCCACGUCACAGGUAAAUAAAACACCAGAGAGCUUGCCAAAUCAUGCUGAUCAUUUUGACGAUGUUGUAAUUAAGGAAAGUCCCGAGGUUGUUUCAUUACAGGAUCAUCAAGUGUUACCAGAGGACAUAGGGUGUACAGUUGGUGUGUUAGAGGGUGCUUGUGGUCUUCAGGAGAUACCCACGAAAUCCGGAAUGGAUACGAGGGAACACGAAGUGGGAAUAUCUGGGGAUUUAAAUGUCGUUUCUCCUGGAAUAGAUGCAGUAUGUGAUUCAUUCAGUGAGGAUGAGAAAGACAACGAAACACCGUCUGAAAAAGAUAGCUUUGAUUUCGACAAAAUAUUAAAAUUCAUUGAAAGUCCCCGUCCGGUUGAAAGUCAAACAUCAUCUUCUGAAAUUCGAAGAUCGCCUGAGAAAGAUACCAGUAAAGACAUGAAGGAUGUUGAGGAAGAAAUAUCGCAUGGACAAAUAAAGAAAAUGAUUCUUAGAGAUAUCGAAAGUCCUUCUUUGUUUGAGGAUCAAGCUUCGUCUGGAGAGAUCAACCAAUCUUAUGAAAAUUCUGAGAAAAGUGACAUUAUGAGACCAUUGUCAGAUUUCCCUUGCUUGGUUAUUCCUUGUUCAAAUGAACAGGAGGACAUCUCAAAUCACGACGCUGCAACAAGUCAAGAUAAUUCGAUGAGACAGGCGACUAUCGAUUCUCCCAAUGUAUUUGAGAACAGUUCCGAGAUAAGGAUCUGGAGACCAGAAACACAACCACCAUCCCCAAGUUAUGUCUUAGAAACACGACGUCUGUAUGGUCUGCCUAAUGAAAUAUAUCAGAAAGCUUUUUGUAGCGAUCCAAAAGACCUCCCAUCAACAACAAGGGUUAUCGGAGGUAGACGUCUUCUAGUGUCGUCCUUGUCUAUCAACGAAUUAAGUGAAUUUGACCUUGGUGGAGAUUUCAAAACCUUACGUGAGUUUCGUAGUCUGGUCGGGAACAACAUGGAUAACAGCUUGCUUAAAGAUUGUCUCAGAUCUUUAGAUACACAUGAUGGUAACGAUGGAACUAUAGGUAUUCCCAGGGAACUCAAGCUUGCGUUAAUGGGGGAUAAAGACAUGGUAAUUACUCCAGUAAUACUUCCACCAUCACCAGAAGAUGUCGUGGAGUGGAUGAAAAAUAAAGGGACUAACAACCAACUAAAAUCUCAUGAACCGAAAGUGUUGGAAAAUGCGAACGAAAAAGACGAAGUGGAAGAGCAAGAAACGUCUAAGAUUAAAAACUGUCUAAAAACAAGUAAUUCUGUUAUUAACGUUUCUAGGAAAACAGUCGAAAUUUUUCGUACACCACAACUGAAUCCUGCUCUCAAUUUACGAGAAUCAUCACAACCGUCAAAUGAUGCUCAAGAUUCUCAGAAUAUCCUGCGCGAUGUUCUCAGUGGUCCUCAACAUAGUACACCUGCCGGGAAUUUAGCAGAAAAAUCUCAGACGUUUUUGGAAUGCACACCCAUAGUGGGCGAAGACAAGAAAUCUUUAAGACAAGAUUUGGAAGGAAACGAUUCUGAAAAAUCGUAUAAGAUCAAGAGUUUGAGAAGAAAUAUAUUAAAUAGUCAAGUAAAAGAAAAAGAAACCCAGCAGCAAGCAUCAUCAAGUGAGGCGUCAUAUAUUGAAGGACCAACGCCAACUAAUAGUUUUGGUUUCAAAAUUUCACAACCAAAUAUUCAAGAAGCGAAGUAUGUCCGUCAGGUUCAAUUCCUAACUUUGCUGAGCUUAGAACUUCAUGUCCGUACAAGAAAGUCACUUCGACCUGACCCGGAAUUUGACGCAAUAUGUGCCAUAUUUUACCAUAUUGAGGAUGAGACAGUGGAUGGCAAACGAUACGAGACUGGAAUUAUCGUCGCUCAAAAUGAAUCUACAAAACUAAGAAGCUCUGAUUCGGGAACAUCUUCUAGUACCACAAUAUCUGAGUGUAAUGCCUCAUCUUCAACACAAAUCCCACAUCUGAAUACAACACAGAAAGCACUUUUUGAAGACAAUCUGCUUCGCACAACUGGAAUUUCAAAAGAACUCAACAUCAUAGUUGAAAAUGAAGAAAAGGAUGCCAUUCAUCGUUUUAUCAAACUCGUCCAUGACUGGGAUCCAGAUAUCUUGCUUGGUUUUGAAGUUCAGAUGCUGUCGUGGGGCUAUAUAAUACAGCGCGCAAAUGCUCUUGGGAUUGAUCUAACUCCACAACUAUCUCGGGUUCAGGAUUCUUCUGGCACGGCGAGGUUUGAUGCCGAGAAAGAUAUUUGGGGAGCGAACCAUACUUCAGAGAUAGCGAUAUCGGGGAGAAUUGUGCUGAAUAUUUGGAGACUGAUGAGACAUGAGGUUACUCUGAAUGUAUAUUCGUUUGAGAAUAUAUCUUAUCACGUACUUCAUGAAAGGAUCCCGCUGUACACAUACCGUCAGCUCUCGCAAUGGUGGGACCAAAAACUACCUCAUAACCGAUGGAGAACUGUGGAGCAUUACAUCAUCCGUUGUCAAAACAACAUCAAGAUCUUGAAUCACAUCGAUUUAAUUAACAGGACUAGUGAGUUUGCAAGGUUGUAUGGGAUAUUGUUUUAUAGCGUCAUAUCACGUGGCUCUCAGUUUCGUGUUGAAUCAAUGAUGUUAAGAUUGGUGAAACCAAUGAAGUAUCUGGCUGUCUCUCCCAGCAUUCAACAGAGAGCAAGAAUGGACGCACCUGAAUGUAUUCCUCUGGUAAUGGAACCGGAAUCUCGAUUUUACAGUGAUCCAGUGAUUGUUUUAGACUUCCAGUCUCUUUACCCUUCUAUGAUAAUUGCGUACAAUUACUGUUUCUCAACUUGUCUCGGCAAAGUGUCAAGAUUAGAUAAGAUUGGCGAGUUUGAAUUUGGUUGUACGUCAUUAAAUGUUCCGCCAGCUUUAUUAGAGAAACUUGAGAAUGACAUUCACGUGAGCGCGAACGGUGCAGCUUUUGUGAAACCAGGGAUACGAAGAGGAAUUCUUCCCAGAAUGCUGGAGGAGAUCCUGAACACACGAGUGAUGGUGAAAAAAUCUAUGAAAGAACACAAGAGUGAUAAGGUUUUACGCCAAUUACUUGAUGCUCGUCAACUUGGUUUGAAGUUAAUUGCUAACGUCACCUAUGGGUAUACUUCAGCUAAUUUUUCUGGACGAAUGCCGUGUGUUGAGAUUGCUGACGCAAUUGUUCGUAAAGCGAGGGAAACGUUGGAACGUGCUAUACGUCUGGUGAACUCUAGGGAAGAAUGGGGUGCACGUGUGGUGUAUGGGGAUACAGACAGUCUCUUUGUGUUAGUUAAAGGCGCAACAAAGGAAGAAGCAUUUAGGAUUGGAAUGGACAUCGUUGAUACUGUGACUGCAGAAAACCCCAAACCUGUAAAAUUGAAAUUUGAAAAGGUUUAUCUUCCAUGUGUUCUUCAAACAAAGAAGAGGUAUGUUGGUUACAUGUAUGAAACACUGGACCAAAAAGAACCAGUUUUUGAUGCUAAAGGAAUUGAGACUGUUCGGAGAGAUACUUGCCCUGCUGUUUCUAAGGUCUUGGAGAAAUCUUUGAGGAUUUUAUUUGAAUCAAAAGACAUAAGUCUGGUCAAGAAAUUUGUUCAGCGACAGUUUUGUAAAUUGAUGGAAGAAAGAGUUUCAAUUCAAGACUUCAUAUUCGCCAAAGAAUAUCGUGGAAUGAGAGGAUAUAAACCUAAAGCUUGUGUUCCCGCCUUAGCACUCGCAAGACGUCAUCUGUCACGAGAUCGUCGCGCAGAGCCACGUGUAGGUGAGCGUGUCCCGUAUGUAGUGGUGAAUGGUACUCCUGGAUUACCUUUAAUUCAGCUGGUAAGAAGCCCAGGUGACGUUUUGGAUGAUUCUAGUUUACGCUUGAACUCUACCUACUACAUCAAUAAACAAAUCAUUCCUCCAUUAAAUCGUGUUUUCUCUCUGAUUGGUAUUGAUGUCUUCACCUGGUACACAGAGCUACCAAGAUAUGUUCCUCGUCAUCAUGUUAAUAAUGAGAAACAAAAGAGUUCCAUUUCUCGUUUCUUCACAACGCUUCAUUGUCCAGUGUGCGAACAAUUGACCCAGCAAGGAUUGUGUAGGAAUUGCCGUGGAAACCCGCAGAAAGCUGUUGUCAUGUUGGCAGAGAGAGUAGGAACAUGGGAACAAAAAUACAACCAUCUCAAAGAAAUAUGUUAUCAAUGUUGUGGCUCAAGAGAUCAAGAUGUUGCUUGCAUAUCACUGGAUUGCCCUGUCAUGUUCAAACGACUGAAGUUGAUAAGAAAACUAGAAUAUGGGAAGACUUUAAGAGAUGUUCAAAAAGGAAUUGAAGUGUCACACAGCUAAAGAUGUGGAUCUUUGUGAAAGGUUUGUAAAUAUGUGCAAUUGAUCUCAAAUAUUUCAAGAGGAUUGUAUGUUAAGCCAUGACAUUUGUAAGAUAUCCCAUGCAUAUCAGACUUUGCUCUUGCAAAUAUUUAUGCUUAUAUUUUAAAUUAAAAACAGCAAAAGUGGCAAUCACAUGAUCCUGCACUAGUCUAUUCCUUUGAUAUUCUGCAUUGGGU